CUCGCAGCUGAGCAUCACGAGAGGUAGAAGCGGCGGCAGCGACAGCCAAAACGGUUUCGGCAGGAAGGGGCGACGGGCUGUGACUGUGGAUGCUUAGUCACAUUUGGCUUUGACCAGGGAGGUGAAGGAUGGAGCGGUUGGAGGAGAAACACUGAGGCGGGUCGGCGGGUGAAGAUACAGGAAGAAAGCAGGAGGGCAUCGCUAAAUCCGGAGUAGAUGAUGCUUAUUUGCCGCAGGCCCCGCCAUCGUGAAAUUGGAUACCGAAUUGCGGCGGAUGGGGUGACCGAGCUCGCUGCUCCGCCGGGGAGGUCCCUGCCUUCGGACGUUACCGGGGUGGGAGCUGCCUGUGCCCGGUUCUAAGGAAGGAAGGAGUGGCAAGAGGGAAAAUGCAGACGGAGGAGGAGACGGCCACCGCAGAAGAGCCCAUUUUGGAGGAAGGGUCAGGACGAGAGCAGCAAAGGCCAGUCCAGCAGUCUCUGGCCUCCUCCCUGUGUCGGGAGUCCCAUUGGAAGUGCCUCCUCCUGACCCUCCUCAUGUACGGCUGCUUUGCCACACUGGCCUGGUGCGCUCUCUGUCGCGUGCCCGUCCUCGGCUCCUCCAUUCCUCUCGGUGCUGACGACGAAGCCACCUCGGCGGCCUACUACAAUGGCAUCCUGCCCCUGGACAGUCCGUGCUCCAGCGGCUACGUCUACAUCCCCCUGGCCUUCCUGGCAAUGCUGUAUGUGGUUUACUUGGUAGAGUGCUGGCACUGCUUCUCCAAGACAGCACUGUUGGCUCACGCUGAAUUCCAGGAAGUGUACGAGCGUGUGCAGAGGCUUCAGCAAGCCACGCCCUGCAUUUGGUGGAAGGCCAUAAGCUAUCACUACGUGAGGAGGACCAGACAGGUGACAAGAUACCGCAACGGAGAUGCAUAUACAACCACACAGGUCUACCAUGAGCGGGUGAACACUCACGCUUCCAGUUCAGAGUUUGACUACGCCCGCUACGGUGUCAAAGACGUAUCAAAGGAGCUGUUGGACCUGCAGCUGCACCCUGCUGUCCGCCUUCGUUUCACCAAGUGUUUCAGCUUUUCCAGUGCACGUGCUGAAGCUGCCUACCUCACCCAGCGAGCGCGCUUCUUCGGGGAGAACGAGGGGCUUGACGACUACAUGGAGGCCAGGGAGGGAAUGCACCUUAAGAACGUGGAUUUCCGCGAACACAUCCUGGCGUUCCCAGAUCCUGCUCACCAGCCCUGGUUUUCCAGGCACAGGGUGUUCUGGCUGGCUUCUGCUUUCCUCCUGUCGUGGCCGCUGCGGGUUGUGUCAGAAUAUCGCACAGCAUAUGUCCACUACCAUGUGGAGAAGCUGUUAGGGGAGGAUGAGGAUAGUGGCGGAGGAGGCGGUGGAGGCGGGCCGGGUGGAGGAAGAGGGGAUGGGGUCGGGGGAGGGACCGAGAAUGGAAUCCACCCCGGAGGAAUCGGGAUUGGAAUUGGUCUAAAUGGGACAAGUUACAGAGCCAUCUCUCGGGUCAACACGGUGGACAUGACAGAAUUGGAGUGGCACAUCCGCUGUAACCAACAGAUGGUCCCGAGCUACUCUGAGGCCCUCCUUAUGGACUUGGACAUGAGUGGGGGGACAAACCCUACUGCCUCUACGCCCAUCUCUGGGCCUACAGUCUCCACCCCCAGCCAGGGGCCCAACCCACCUCCUCUAGCUCUGCCUGUUGUGUUUAACUCGGCUUACCUCCUCCAGAGCUGCCCCCGAUGCCGAAGGACCACGUCAAGUUCCAGUCUUCCUUCCAGGCUAAGGGCCCCCAUGGGAACCACAGCCCUCCUGAAUGCUACAGUGGCAGGGAUCAGAGCAGCGGGGCAGGGAGGUGGGGGUAUAGGAGGAAGGUUGGUGCUCAGUCGAAGCGGAUUCUCCCUGGGGAGACUUGGAGCUGGGCGCCAGAACAGCCUGUUUCAUUCAAGGAGCAUGGGAGGAGGGCUGGGAGGAAGAGGAGGAGGAGGAGGAGGUGGUGGUGGUGGAUUCCUUGGAUUAGGUUCAAGACAGGACAACGAGGAGACCAGAGGAGUGCUGGAAGGAGAAGGGGACGACGAUGAGGAAGAAGAGCAGCAGGAGGAGGAGGAGGAGGUGAGGAGAAGGGAACAGGGAAGAGGAGGCAGAGAGAGGGAUGAAGAAGCAGAGCAAGAGAGUGGAGGGGGUGGCGAGUUAAGAGAUGGUGAGGUGGUAGGGAGGGAUCGUCCUCCAUCCUACCAGGACGCAUUCUUCUUUCCUGUCCUCAUCAUACACGGAGAGGAGAGCUGCCAUGCUGGAGACGACAUGUGACAAUUCGGAAAAAAAACAUAUUAAGAGCAAGAAAGUCUGGGCAGAGGCCGAGGGAGAUGAAAGAAUGCACUGAACAAAGAAAAGGUUGGAUCAGUGAGAAGUGGAUGAGGGAAAAUGAGAUGAUAGACCUGAGGAAUGAAUGGAAUGAGAACAGAAUGAGGUCGAAAGAAAAGAGUUGGUUGACAGCAUACCAACCGCAUAAAGAAGAAAGGAUGCAGGCAGAACAAAGCGUAAGAGGUAAGAACAGCUGUAUGACAGACAUAUUGCCACAGAAAGAGGGAAGGAAAGGGGGGAAAGAUGAAAAGAAGGAUGGUUAGAGAAUGUACUCUACGAGGGGAGGAGGACAAACAGAGCAAGUGGACUGCUGCAGGAGUUUUGAACAGAUAUAGUGCCUACUGUAAAAUGGCAGGAAACACUGAUUCAGACGGUAUUGAGAGCCGAUAGGGAGUGCAGCAGCAAGAUGGUGUGGAGUCUGAGAACAUGAGUGAAGGCAAGAGAAUGCUCGCAGUCCUAGACUUUGCUACACAGAGAUUGUAUGAGAGAUGGGAUACUUGGGAGAAACGAAAGACUGAAAACACGGGGAAGUCUAUUUCCAGAUAUAUCUAUGCAAGGACAGGAGAGGGUGGAGUAACAGGUCUAAAGAUAGCCGAUUGGAGAGCAGUGGAGAGACUCCAAACCAGCUGAGUGGUAGUGGGUAUUUUUUCAAAAAGAAAGAAAAGUGGAGGAACUGCAAAAUGAUAUUUUGAGGGGUUGAAGCUUUGGUUUUGCUAAAAUCAAAAUAUCUGGAGGCAGACUAAAAAUCUGACUCAUGAAAGGGAUGGAUGGAGUUUUUGAAGAGGGGUUGUAUGAGGUACUUAUUUAUAGUUAGGUCAGCAGCCUCAGUUAGGAGAAGCGGGAGUACCUACACAGACGCUAUAGCAAUGUAACUUCCUGAUGUGGAGAAGGGUAACAGCAAAAUGUAUUUUAGUCUUCUAAAAAAAUCAGCUUAAGUGAAUGCUAUAUUGAUAAAAUUUUCACUACUU